GAGCGCCUGCCCUUACUUGCAUCUCCUAAAAGCGUGCAUGGAUUCUACAUGAACUGGGAUUGUGUGAGGGAUGCAGUGAUGCUCCAGUUUACUAAUAUCGUUUCACAUCUCACAUUGCUUCGGAAAAAUGGACUGCCUAUAAAUGUUUGGGGAGAGAACAUCUGUGGGCAUUAAAUUAUGAAUGUUGAACAAGAUGACCUCUUACCAUCAGCUCCAGAUGUUGAGAGGUCCUAGAUGGAAAGGGGCUUGGUUUGACCCCUUGUUUCUCCUGCUUUUAGCCCUGCAGUUGCUCGUUGUGGCUGGAUUGGUGCGAGCCCAAACCUGUCCCUCUGUAUGUUCCUGCAGUAACCAAUUUAGUAAGGUCAUCUGCACACGCAGAGGGCUAAAGGAUGUCCCUGAUGGCAUCUCCACCAAUACACGGUAUCUAAACCUUCAGGAUAAUCAAAUCCAAGUCAUCAAAGUAGAUAGUUUCAAGCAUCUACGACACCUAGAGAUUCUUCAACUUAGCAGAAACCACGUCCGCAACAUUGAGAUUGGCGCCUUUAAUGGGCUGACCAGCCUUAACACACUGGAGCUUUUUGACAAUCGCCUCACAACCAUCCCAAAUGGCGCCUUUGAGUAUCUUUCGAAACUGAAAGAGCUGUGGCUUAGGAAUAACCCUAUUGAGAGCAUACCGUCUGAUGCCUUCAGUCGCUUGCCCUCCCUGCGGAGGCUGGACUUGGGGGAGCUAAAACGUCUCUCCUACAUCUCGAGUGGAGCAUUUCAGGGCUUAAGCAACCUUCGCUACCUGAAUCUAGGCAUGUGUAACCUCAAAGAGGUCCCCAACAUUCAGCCCUUGAUACGCCUGGAUGAGCUGGAGAUGUCCGGGAAUCAGCUCACUGUGAUUCAACCCAGUUCUUUUAAGGGCCUUAUACACCUUCAGAAGCUGUGGAUGAUGCAUGCCCAAGUCCAGACCAUAGAGCGUAACUCCUUUGACGACCUGCAGUCGUUACGAGAACUCAACCUGGCUCACAACAACCUUACCUUUUUGCCCCAUGAUCUCUUCACACCUUUGCACCACCUUCAGAGAGUGCAUUUGCACCACAAUCCCUGGAACUGUAACUGUGACAUCCUUUGGCUUAGUUGGUGGCUGAGAGAGACUGUACCAACGAACACCAGCUGUUGUGCCCGCUGUAAUUCCCCAUCCAGCCUCAAAGGACGCUACAUUGGUGAGCUGGACCAGAGCUACUUUCAUUGCUAUGCGCCUGUUAUUGUCGAGCCUCCUGCUGACCUCAAUUUGACUGAAGGAAUGGCAGCGGAGCUCAAGUGUCGGACAAAUUCAGUGACCUCAGUCAGCUGGCUAACACCAAAUGGCUCCAUCAUCACACAUGGGGCACUAAAAAUGCGCAUCUCCGUCCAAAAUGACGGAACACUAAACUUUACCAAUGUCACCAUCCAGGACACAGGAACCUAUACUUGUAUGGUAAGCAACGUGUUGGGCAACAUUUCAGCCUCUGCUAUCCUCAACGUGACAUCCAUUGACAACAGUGGCUUCAGUUACUUCACUACGGUCACCGUAGAAUCAAUUGAAACCCCAAACGAUGGGGAGGGUCGGACGCCAGUGCAGCCAUCUUUUGGCUGGGGAUCCUCCUCAACCACAAGGGGAACACCGAUUGCUACAGAGAGAGCAUACACCAUUCCUGUGACUGAUAUAGACAUGGAUGGGUCUCUCAAUGGUUUGGAGGAAGUAAUGAAAACCACCAAGAUCAUCAUUGGCUGCUUUGUGGCUAUCACACUCAUGGCGGCUGUCAUGCUCAUAAUAUUCUAUAAGAUGCGCAAGCAGCACCACCAGCAGGAUCACGACGGGCCGACCCGCUCCAUCGAGAUCAUCAAUGUAGACGAGGAGUUGACGAGGGUUCCAGCCAUGGAGAGUCACCUGACGCUUCAGCCCCUGGAGCAUGAGCAUUACAACCACUAUAACUCCUACAAAACUGUGUAUAACCAUGUGUCCGCUCUCAGCUCUUUUCAUAGUUCGGUGCAUGAACCUUUACUAAUCCAAGCCAGCUCAAAGGAUAACGUACAGGAGACACAAAUAUGACCAUGCUUUAAGUUGGGUGAUCUGAAAUGUACUAAUGAUGUUGGAAUUGUGGUUGUGGACAUGCUGUCAUAAUGAAGAUGGCAGUGUGUGUUAAGACAUUCAGGGCAUUAAGAGCCAGGGUGUAAGUAUUAUUUUAACAAGUGUCUUUACAAAUCUUAUUUAUUUAAAGAUAUGUGAAGUGACUGAAUCAUGAAAUUACAAAAAAGUUAAUAUCUUCUUUUUCUCCUUUUUGCUUCUACAUUUUUUAAACUGGGGAAUAAAUUGUUUAGUUUAAUGUGCUGGUAGAUUUAAUGUCAACUGCCAUGCUUAUGAGUGCAAUGAUACAACAGGAUUUUCCAUUUUGGGAUAUUACAUCCCUUUGCUCCAAUAUGUUUUUUGUUUUUUGAGAAACUGAAUCCUAAAUUCAAAAACUGUCCACUGACAACAGCAGACUUCAAAUUGCAUGGAGCACUUAGAUUUGAAAGGCAAGCUUGAUGGAUGCAGCAACUCUAAAGAGGUUUAUAAAUGGUUACAUUUCCCCAUAAAAAAUCCUGUUACUGAACAAAAAAAGGAAAAACCCUUCAUUGUCACAGCCUGGAUUGUGCUGCAAUUUCAGCUAGUGGGAACAGAAAUAUGUUGAGUUCUUUUAGAGGCCACUGCUUUGCACAUACAUCAAUUAACUUAAAGGUUUAGUGCACCCAAGAAUGAACAUUCUUUUGCCAUUUACCCCUCAUGUUAGGUCCAAACCUAUUUGACUUUUUUUAUGUAGAAUGCAAAAGGAGAUGUUAAGUAGAAUGUUUGGGACUGGCACCAUUUACUUGUAGUAUGGAAAAAAGAUGCAAUGAAAGUGAAUGGUGACUGAGGCUAAAAGUCUCCUAAACAUUUCCUUUUGUGUUGCAUGGAAGAAAUAAAUACAGGUUUGGAACAACAUAUUUACAUUCCAAUUCCUGUCCUCAAGUUAUUACAAGUCUAGCAUUUUGGCAUUUGAAAUUCACCAUUUUGUGUUUCUCAAAUCUUUAAAUCGGUUUGCAAGAUUGUCAGUUUUUUCAGUCUAUUAUAAACAUUAGUGCACAUCAAACUAAUAAAAUCAUUGGCUUAUGCCACAUGUACUAUGUCACAUUAAUCCAAAACACUGAGAUAAAAUAGCAUUUUAUGGCAUGCAAGACAUGAAAUAACCAUGAGUGGCUGAAGACAAGGGAAUAUUAUUUCUAAGAUUGUGUGCUGGGGGGCUUCAUACAAAAAUGCCAUGAGGAAAUAAAUAAUGAAAUAUAAUGUAGCCUGCUAAUGUCACUAUGGAAACCAAUGACCUAGUAGAAAAUACACUGUCUGGACAAAAUUUAUAAUCAGAGUAUUGCCCAGAGCUUAAAGGAAUUUUCUGGGUUCAUUAUAAGUUUAGUUUAAUCGACAGCAUUUGUGGCAUAAUGUUGAUUUCCAUAAUAAAUAAUUAUGACGCGUCCCUCCUUUUCUUCAAAAAUCAAGGUUACUGUGAGGCACUUAGUAGCCAGCAGCAUGUAACCCUGCAGCUCUGGCCUGGUUACCCACUGAAGCACAGCAGGGUUGAGCCUGGCUAGUCCCUGGAUGGGUGACCUCCUGGGGGAAACUAAGGUUGCUGAUGGCAGAUGUAUUAGGGAGCACAGCAGUGGGUGCUCAACCUGCAGUCUCUGUGGGUCCUAAUGCCCCAGUAUAGUGACAGGGACACUAUACUGUCUCACCUUCGGAUGAGAUGUUAAACUGAGGUCCUGACUCUCUGUGGUCAUUAAAAAUCCCAAGGCACUUCUCGUAAAAAGUAGGGUUGAAACCCCAGUGUCCUGGCCAAAUUUGCCCACUAUCUUCUAUCCAUCAUGGCCUCAUAAUGGCCCAAUCCUAAUAAUCCCCUUUAUAUAUGAAUUGACUACAUCACUGUACUCUCCUCUCCACUAAUAGCUGGUGUGUGGUGGGUGUUGUUGCGCACUAUGGCUGCCGCCACAUCAUCCAGGUGGAUGCUGCACACUGGUAGUGAUGAGGAGAGUCCCUUUUCUGAGUGGGUAUUUUAAUGUUUUAGCCCUGUCCACUUCCAUUGUGAGUGCCUCACUGCAAUGUUGAUUUUUGCUUCUUCUUUUUUUUUUUAAGAAAACAAGUUGAAACUAACUUUUGUGGUAAUCAAAAUAAUGCCACAAAUGUCUACCAUGUACACUGGUGACUAAAAUGACUUUACCAUGUGUGUAGAAUGUGUGGCGAGGGCAUGUUGUAUGCUGUCUGAGAACCCUUUACAUAAAACCACACUGUUUUUCACAGGUGUGGUUUCACUUCUCCCUUGAAAUCAUUUUGGAUAGCAUGAUAAGGAGAUGUGAUGCUGGUCUCACCAGUCAACUCCUUAAAAAAACCUAAUAGGUUAAUAUGUCAAAGGCUUAAGAAAGGUAAAUGACAGAUAUACAUCUAAUUCAUCACAUGCUGACUAGUUUCAUUUUAAAAAGAUAUGUCAUCAGAAAACAUAUUGAGUGAAGAUUACAAUCAAUCUUUAAUUUAAGCACUGACUUCGUCUUCUACUGAAUGUGACUUGUGCUUAUCGGAUCCUCUGCAGUAAAGUAAACAAAUGUUAUUUUCUUUAAAUCUUUUUUUCCCCAUUUAAUUUUCCUUUAGUUAUACAUGCUUAUUUCUUUGUUGGCCCCAGCCUUUCACAUUCACCCUCAUUGCCAUUCAUAAAUGGAAGAUAAUUUUUAAUCACAUGUUGAGUAUUACAAAGUGAUAAACUGUUGCUUCCCAGUAUUUAUGUUAUUAUUAUUAUUAUUAUUAUUAUUAUUAUUAUUAUACAUUUUUGUAUCCACUUUUAUUGUACAUAAUAUGUGGGAUAAAUUGGGACAAUAGAAAAACAGCAUUGAGCCAUUUAAAAAAAUAAAUAAAUAGAUGAACAUGUCUGUGUUUUCAGAGGGUCUGUACAUGAAUGCUAGCUUGCUCCUAUCUGCUUCAGUGUUCCUGAGCACUGCAUCAGUCCCAGAAGCUCCUAUGACUAGAUAAUUGAUCAUUGAUCAUGGCCCACAUAGAAAAUUUGUGAUGCUGAACUAAACUGAUUCUCUUUAUUUUUCUUCUUGUGAUUUGUUUGUUAUUGGUGACUCAUUUUAGAUUUCUAUGCUGAACUGUAGUGAUUUAUUAUUAUUAUUAUUAUUAUUUGGCAAGGGAAUGUCUCUUUAUUGGCAUAUUUCUACAAGAACUGUUAUUGAAAAUAACCAAUAAUAUUUCUGUCAAACUACACAUUUGCUGAUCGGUUCAUAUUGAUAUGGGAAUACAACUAACUAUGCGUUAACCAUGGACAAAAAAAAUAAAUAAAUAAAUAAAUACCAGAGAUUGUAGUUCAUACAGUACAUGCUGUAAAGGAAAAUAAAAUGUUUUU